GCUGAGUGUUGAAGCUAGGUGUCCUGUGUCUGCUAUGGAAUGGACUGAAACUGGAUUACAGUCCAUGCUAUUACUGUCUUAGCUAGGAAGCUUGCUAACCAAACCAUCUGACCCCGUUUAGCGGCAAGAUACGAUUACAUUUAUAGCUUUAGUAGUAACAACAGUGGGACUUAGGUUCGGUGGAGCUCUCUUGCUGUGUCUUGUCUCCUGUCUUGAGCGUAGGAGGUGAAGUUACUUUCGGGAUCUGCAUUGCAGCCUAGUGCUGCUGCUGGAAUUCAUACACAAUGGCGACUCCCAGCCCCAGCAACUCAACAUCUUCCAGCCACAACAACAGCAAUAACGCAGGAUCUACAGCAACAAUACAUCACCACCAAGCCCAGUCUCAACACAUAACGACUAUGAGCAGCAUGCAGGAAACCAACACAUGCUGGAGAUGUCAGUGUGAUACAGGGUUUCAGAUAAACCUGUCUGGAGCUCCCCAAAGCAAACGCAAAGCACUGAAGCUAAAUUUUGCCAAUCCGCCAAUCAAACCUAGCACCAGGUUCACGCUCAACACUGCUCCGCCCCCUUUCCAGAAUCCACACAUAGAGCGGCUGAGGGGAAGCAUCGAGUCUUCGGGGAAGCUGAAGAUCUCGGAGCAGCUCUGCGACUUCACUGCAGAGGACCUGAAGGACCUGGGCGAGAUUGGGCGGGGUGCGUAUGGCUCUGUCAACAAGAUGGUGCACAAGCCCAGCAACCAGAUCAUGGCUGUCAAGAGGAUUAGGUCAACAGUGGAUGAGAAGGAGCAAAAGCAGCUGCUGAUGGACCUGGACGUGGUCAUGAGGAGCAGCGACUGUCCAUAUAUCGUCCAGUUUUAUGGGGCACUUUUCAGAGAGGGAGACUGUUGGAUUUGUAUGGAGCUCAUGUCUACCUCAUUGGACAAAUUCUACAAAUAUGUAUAUGGUGAAUUAGAUGAUGUUAUUCCUGAAGAAAUUUUAGGCAAAAUAACAUUAGUUACUGUGAAAGCACUUAACCACUUAAAAGAAAACUUGAAAAUAAUUCACAGAGACAUAAAGCCAUCCAACAUUCUCCUGGACCGGAAUGGCAACAUUAAGCUCUGUGACUUUGGCAUCAGUGGCCAGCUGGUGGACUCCAUAGCCAAAACCAGAGAUGCUGGCUGCAGACCUUACAUGGCUCCGGAGCGAAUAGACCCCAGCGCCUCCCGACAAGGCUACGACGUGCGCUCGGAUGUGUGGAGUCUGGGCAUCACGCUGGUAAGGCUGGCCACAGGCCGGUUCCCAUACCCAAAGUGGAGCAGUGUGUUUGACCAGCUGACACAGGUGGUGAAGGGGGACCCCCCGCAUCUCAGCAACUCCGAGGAGAGGCAGUUCUCCCCCAAGUUCAUCAACUUUGUCAACUUGUGCCUUACAAAGGAUGAGUCAAAAAGGCCAAAGUACAGAGAGCUGUUGAAACACCCUUUCAUAUUGAUGUACGAAGAGCGUCGGGUGGAUGUGGCCAGCUAUGUGUGCCGGAUCCUUGAUCAGAUGCCCACCUCUCCAAGCUCCCCCAUGUAUGUGGACUGACUCUCCCAAACGUUGGGUAGACACAGAGGAGUCUCCGCCCCAUGGAGAUUCUGAUCAAAAACAACAAACGACACCGAAGCGACCGUGUAAGGAACGCUUGAUCACAAGUUGCAGUGUUAAACAAGACAUCCAGUGCGGCAGCAACAACACCUGGUGCAAUGCGAUUGGUGUUCAUUUCAGUUCAUUAUUGUAUAAUAUCAACACUCACACCUCUGUUGACAUCUGUCUCUUUCCCCCUCUCUGUCUCUAUUUAUCUCUCCCUCUCUUUUUCUGCUCUAUUCUCUCAGACACUGAUACAGAUAUACUUAAGUAUAAAUAGUAACUGAAUGAAUAUAUUAUGGUCUUGGCUCAUCUCGAUUAUGAGACCUCAUCUCAUAUGUGGAUGCAGUAUCGUGAUUUUUUUUUUUAAAAAGGAAAAAUAAAAACAAAUCUGGAAUUUUAUUUAUAUGUCAAUUUUCUUGUGGAAUAUAUGAUUUGGAGAAUAUUUCAAUAUGCAUACUGGAAUCAUGCUCUUUUGUGAAUUGUCCCACUUCUUUCCAUGUAUGUGUGAUUUAAAGCAUUGUGUUUUGUAUCUUAAUGAAACCUUGCUUCCUAGGGUGUACAGCAGAGUCAAAUAAUGGAAAGUGCAUUUGAGGAAUGUUGUGCCAGGCUCCUUUUAAGGGGAGCCAAAAGUGUCCCAACUGUACAAUUAAAUAUGUACUGAUAUAAAUAAAAGAGCGAGAGCGAGAAGAA